CUUUAAAAGUCGCAAAACAGCUGACGAAAUAAAAAAAAGGUAAACAAAGUGAAUUCCGGGAAUUUCCUGGAAAUUGAGACAAAUUCUUGGGGAGAAAAGGAACAGUUCCAUGGAGGAGUGCGCUGGUGUUACGGAUUCCCCCAAAAAGGGACCCACACUCUCCACAUCGACAUCCAGUUUUGAAGCUCUGGAUCCUCAUGAUCCAAAUCUUUCGCGUCUCGCUACAAAAAUGUUCCAGAAAACAGGAGAUUUUAUCUCAAGUGAACUCACAGGACCCCUGGAGGACUACAAACUUCUUGAGAACAUGAAUCGUGCCACAAUUUCCAAGUAUUCCGAUAUGCAGCAAAUCACAGAAAAUCUAUCAGCAUCAACGGCAGAAUUGAAUGUGAAGCUUGAGGAGCUGAUGCCCUAUCUGCAACAAAUUGACGAGAUUGAUGCCACAGUGACGAAGAUUGAGGUUGCUGCCUACAAACUCGAUGCCUACACGCAGCAAUUGGAGGCAAAAUUCAAGAGUUUAACACAAAAGAAGUAACCAAAAGAAAUAUUUUUAUUUAGUUAAAUACAUUAUUUGCAUUCCCACACGUAA